UCUCCAAUCAAAUGACGAAAGACGAUAAAUCAAAAUUCGAUGAGAUACAGGAUUAUAUCCUUUACCAAAAAUAUCCAUCAUCUCUGUCUUCCAAUAAAGGCUUAAGACGCAAUCUGCGAGUUCAGGCCUCGAGAUAUAAAAUUUGUAAGGGUAAAAUGUAUCACCAUUCUCAUAAUGGUGAAGUUGUUUUGGACCUUGACCGAAGAAUUCAACUUCUUCAAAUGGUUCACAGUGGAUGUGAUACUAAUGUGUCAGCAAUAUCUCUUGCUGCCCAUUUUGGCAUCACCAAGACUUACAGCAAAUUGGCUGAUAGUGAAACAAUUUUAGAUUGUAACAGAAGAGUUUAACUUCUUUAAGAAGUUAUAGUGGAGUGGAUGUGAUACUAAUGAGACAAAAUCUUUAGCUGAUUAUUUUGGUAUCACCAAGACUCACAGCAACUUGACUACUUCUGGUGGCCAAAUAUGAAAUUGGAUGUGGUUAAUUUUGUAAAAUGUUGUGAUAUUUGCCAGCGUAGCAACACAAGAUUUGACAAAACUAACAAUGAGUUGCAUUCAAUUCCUAUUCCAACAAAGAUAUUAAAGUAUGGACACAAAUAGGUGUUGAUUUAACUGCUUUGCCUGAAAGUGAGGAUGGCUAUAAAUACAUUGCUGUAGCAGUUGAUUAUUUCAGCAAAUAUAUUGUAGCCAUGCCUUUAAAAGAUAAAACAGCAAAAUCAAUAUCGCGAUUCCUUUACUCGUUACUAUGCACACAUGGUAGGGCAAAAAUUCAAAUUAAUGAUCAAGGACGUGAAUUCGUAAAUGAAAUAAGUAAUAAUUUUCACAAACUCAUAGGGACCAUGCAGAGGGUGACAAGUGCUUAUCACCCUCAAGCAAAUGGCAUGGUUGAAAGAGUGAAUAGGACAAUCCAAAAUGCACUACUAAAGUGUAUUAAGGAUGAUCAAUUAAUUUGGACAGAUGCCUUGCCUGGCAUAAUAUUUGCCUAUAACACUUCUCUACACGAAUCUUCGAAGUUUACGCCAUAUCAGCUGAUGUAUGGUAGAAAAGCAAAACAAGCUUAUGAGUUGACGAGGAAGAGGAUAUUGAUCCUGACAAUGUACCUGAAGCAUAUUUUGAAUUAUUUUUAAAGAUACAGUUUCCAGGAUGAAUGAUAUUCGUGAAAUAGCUGCUGGUAAUAUAGAUCUUGCUCAGCUUAAGCAGCAGAGGGAUUAUAGUAGUCGUAAUGCAGGUAGAAAUAACCCUUAUUUAGUCAAUGAUCAAAUGCUUAUUUGGAACAGCCGUCGGGCUGAUAGGAAAGGUGGUAAAAUGACUAAACCUUAGAUGGGUCCUCCUUAUACAAUAGUUAGGAUUCUUAAAAGCAAUAUUGAGCUCAUGAAUGCUAGCGGUAGCAUUUUAAAGAGCAAAGCAAAUAUUUGUAAUAUAAAACAUUACUUUGCAAGAAAAGAUGAUAAAAACUCUGAGGUAGUGAGUUAUAAUGAGGAGUUAAAUGCUCGAGAAAAUCACUUGAACGUCUCAAAAUUACUCAACACGAUUAUUGGAGAGGAGAAUAAGAAUUAUGAUGCAGAUUUUAAGAGGAUAAAGAUAUUAAAUGAUGAAACGAAGAUGGUAGAGCUUGGUAGCCAUCGAGAAAAUAUUAUGCCUUCUAAUCCUAAUAUUUCAGCUGUAAUUGACAAAGUAGGACUGUUAAUUGAGAAAGAUAAUGAAUUGACAGUAGAGACUGUAAUUUCUAAGAAAAAUGAUGCAAAUCUAUUUCUUCCCACCAACAGAAUAUGGAAAAUUUAUCAUUCUGAACGUUUUCAUUUUCCGAUCAAGAAAAGAUAUCAAAAAAAUGAUAAUGGUGUAAUGGGAGAUAAUUUUUCUACCGAGCGGAUUAUUGGUGAUGGAAAUUGUCUCUUCAGAUGUAUAAGCAAAGAAGUUUGUGAUGACGAAUGCCACUACGAUUUUCUGAGACAGCAAUGCAUUCUCUUUAUGAGAAGCAAGGAUAUUGUUGAGCAGAUGGAGGUGUUUUUGGGAGAACCCGUUGACAAAUAUUUGGAGAGAACACGCAUGGCUCAAAAUGCAACUUAUGGAACAGAGGUGGAGAUAGUUGCAUUGGCAACUAUGCUUCAAACAAAUAUAAUUAUCCAUACCAUUUAUAAAUGGGCAUAUUACACACCAAUUAAAAAUUAAGUUACAUUAAAAAAUUUAAUUUGAAUAUAUAUUUAAUAAAUUAUCGCGAACAUUUUGACCGCAUAAUAAAUUUUAAUUAAUCUUUAUAACCCAUGUCUUAUUUACAUCGCACAUCUUUAUAACGCAUGUCUUAUUUAUAUCGCAUAUCUUAUUUAUACCGUAUAUCUUAU